UCACCGCUGGUGUCCCGGUACGCCAGCAAAGAGAUGGCCCACAACUUCAGCGACAGGAAAAAAUUCACCACAUGGAGAAGACUGUGGCUUUACCUCGCUAGGGCCGAAAAGGAAUUGGGUCUCUCCAUAACCGAUGCCCAGGUGAGCGAGAUGGAGUCUCACUUGGAGGACAUUGAUUUCGUCAUGGCUGCGGAGGAGGAGAGGAAGUUGAGGCAUGAUGUCAUGGCUCAUGUGCACACGUUUGCUCACUGCUGUCCCACCGCUGCUCCCAUCAUCCACUUGGGCGCCACUUCCUGUUAUGUGGGAGACAAUACG